AUGAAACCAUUAAAUAACACUUUAAGAUCUUCUAGAGUAAAUAAAACUGAUUCUCAUCAAUUAGAAUUGGAGUAUUUAAAUCAAAAAAUAUUUGAACGAUACCGCCCAUUAAUGGUCAUUGAUGAUGAUGAAAAUCAAACAUUAAAUAGAUUGGUAAAUAAUGUUGAUAUUGAUUUAUCAUAUAAAAUACUAAAAUUGUGUGUUGAAGAUGGGGUGUUAGUUAACAAAUCAUCUCCCAGUGUUGUGGCUGAACAAAGAAAAUUUCAGUCAAUAAAAAGAUUCAUUGAACAACUUCCUGAAGACCCUCUUAUUGAACAAUCAAAAACAAUUCAUCAAUUAAUUGAUAAAACGAACGAAGUUUUAGAAAAGUAUUGCAAUGAAAUCAAUUUAUCAAAUCCGAUAACAUCAAAUGAUUUAUUGCAGUAUUCUUUAAUAACAAAAAAAUAUCAAAAAGUAUUAAAUUGA